AUGAGCAAGACUGAGGUAGGAACCGCCGAAACAGGCGACUUCUUUCACGAUGAAAAGGGCCCAGCGGCCCUCGUUGCGGGCUCGAACGUGCGCAUUCAGAAAUCAGCAGCUGAACGAAAACUACUUCUCAAAGCUGAUUGUGUGAUUCUACCCAUGUGUGGAUUGACCUGGUGGGUAACAUACUUGGACCGGAACUCCAUUGGAAACGCCAGAAUCAUGGGCCUUCAAACAGAUCUUAAUAUGAGUUCCAACCAAUUCUACAACUGCUUAACUAUGUUUUUCAUUGGAUAUAUUGCUUUCAUGUUACCGGCGAACCUGACUGCAAGAAAAUUCAAACCAAACAGGGCCGUCGGUGCUGCUGUGCUCGGUUUUGGUGCCGUUCUCGUGGGAAUGGCAGGGGCCAAAAACUACUCGACGGUCCUCGCUCUUCGGAUCUUGCUAGGACUCGGACAGGCCUUUGUGCAGAUGCUCAGCCUGUACAUGAGUCUGUGGUACAAAAGAGAUGAGCUGGCCACACGAAACGCAAUCUAUUAUUCCUGCGCCGUCGUCUCGGGGGCUUUUGGCGGAUUGAUUUCCUACGGUAUUCAGACCGGCCUGCCCUUAAAGACAACAGGACGCGCUCCUUGGUCAUGGCUCUUCAUUGUUGAGGGAUCGAUGGCCAUGGGAAUCGGUAUCUUGGCCUGGUUGUUACUUCCCCGGUUUCCUGAUGACCUGCAAAAGCGAGAGAAACGUCACUGGCUGUUCACUCGAGAAGAGAUCAACAUAGCGGUCGAACGAUUUGCAUCCUACAACACCGUGGGAGAAAAGGUGCAAACCAAACAAUUAAUCGCCGUUCUGAAAGAUCCCAAAUCGUACUUCUAUGCCAACCAGCAAGGGGCGAGCGUCCUCGGUAUAUCAGUGGUCGGAAGUUUCCUUCCCAGCUUCAUUAAAGACUUCGGCUUCUCUCCUAUACGCACUCAACUGUUCACAAUCGUCCCAUACGCUUGUGCGUUUGUAUCUAUUCUUCUUGCCGGCGCCCUUUCCGACCGACUCAAUCGGAAGGCACCAUUUUGCCUCAUCUUCUUCUCUCUCGGCUGUCUGGGCUACAUACUGCUUCUGGUCGUCGAGUCUACCGCCACCAAAAUCGUAGCAACCUGCCUUGUCACUUCUGGCUGCUAUACCUGUACCUUUCUUUCACCGGUCUGGCAACAAAUCAACACUAUCGGCUAUACCAAACGUGGCGCUACUUGGGCAUUUCUAGAGGUCUUCGGCCUCUGUUACUCCAUUAUGGGAACCCGCAUUUACAAUACUCCUCCGCGGUAUAUCAAGGGACAUUCUGUCGUUCUGGGAUUGAAUGCCUUCGCACUCCUCAAUGUGGUCUUCGUUUACCUGUGGAUGAGAUACAAAAAUCGCCAGAAGGAUCGUAUUGAGGGAGAAUAUGCAGCACGAGGAGAGGUGCAUCCUCAUGUUGCGAAUGAAAUUUCGCUGGGCGAGGCCGGUGAGGAUUAUAUCUCUUUCCGCUAUAUUUUGUAG